AUUGUGCAAUUUGACUGACAGCUACGAGUAUUAUACAAAAAAAUGUCUCUUUUUAAAUGCUGGGGCGUGCCUGCAGUUCUUAGUCAGGGUGCAUGUUUCUGCACAUUUGUCGUAUUAUUUCUAAGCGUCCUGCAGUUUCCCACUCCCUCUUCUGCACACUUGCGAUCAGCCAGCGCCACGGCCACGUUUGGCCAAGUGCCUGCUCACAAUUCCCUGGCGGUAUUUCGAGGAAUCUCGCCAGAGAAGUGUUUCGCAAACUGUCUGUCCCAUCCGCUGUGCGUGUCGUGGAGCUACAUGGAUGAAGUUCUGCAAGGCUCGGGAUCGACAGUUACUGUUUGCAGCCUCUAUGAUUUUCCGUCAAACAGCAGUACUGAAACACAGCACGACCUGAAUGAAGAUUCUGUCAGCUACGAUAUUCAGCGGUUUGAAGAAACUUCUCAUUUUGGGAUAUCACCCUGUAGCUCCAAACUUGAGACACCAGGCUUAGAAGUUCAUGAAGAAUAUGACGCGACUUAUUCUGGUGAUAACUCCGAUCUUACUUUCCGAGACUGCAAUGACAUUGACGCAUACUACAAGGGCCAGGACGAAGUAAACACCAUCUCCAUGAUUCAGCCCAUAGGCUUUGAGGAGCCACUGGAAGUAUUGUGUUUCGGACCAUGGAUAGCUAUUCAGAUUCGCCUGAAUGCCCGCGAAGAAUUCAACCGCAGCUGGGAUGACUACAAACAUGGGUUUGGCGGCCCAUCCCAAGGCAACCUGUGGCUGGGCAAUGAGAACCUACACAAGCUGACCUCCUCCGGCUCAUGGGCAUUAGGGGUCGUUCUCCAGGACUGGGACGGGGAAUCACGGUCCUGUACUUAUUUCAACUUCAACAUUUCCGAUGAGGCUGAGGGCUACAGGCUAUAUGCCGAUGGAUAUUCCUUUGACAGUGAUGAAGGUCCAGGGGAUGCCUUGAAGGCACACAGUGGCAUGCAAUUCUCUACCCAGGACAGAGACAACGACCUGUCGAACGCCAACUGCGCUAAGCUCUACAGCGGGGGAUGGUGGUUCAAGGACUGCCUCAACUCUAACCUAAACGGCAAAUACUUGGGUAAAGUGAACCAGACGCUGGUUGCCAGUAAGGGUCAGGGUCAGGGCCAUGGGAUAGUCUGGUCCACUUGGAAAGGCAGGGACUACUCCCUACAGUACUCUUGGAUGAUGAUAACCAAACUGCAAGAAGAACUGUUCACUUAAGUUAUGCAUACUAAAUCCGCUGAAAUCGGAACUGUACAUCAGUGGCUGCCGCCAUGAUUACUUUGAACUGGCGUCUUGACUUUUCAAGUAAUAGAAGCAAACAAAAAAUGCCAGUGUUUCUG